UGUGAUAUAUCUUCUCAAUCUUUUUUGUAAUUCAACUAAUCCAACAAUUCGAGAAUUGACAGCUGGGUUGUUGGCAAAGAUGACUACUGAAAAAUUAAUGGGCCCAAAGUUGCGAAUAACUUUAUCUAAAUUUUUACCAACUCUAUUCCUUGAUGCAAUGAAAGAUUCACCUGAAGCAGCUGUUCAUAUGUUUGAAGGAACACAAGAAAAUCCUGAAUUGAUAUGGAACGACGAUGCUCGAGAGCACUUAUGCUCAGUAGUUCGGAAUCUUGCAAAUGAGCAUUAUAAAAUUCAAGGACAAUCCUCAAACCCAAUGGAAGGCUCCAAACGAAUCGUACUUAACUGUUUCUGAAGAUCAAGAAAUGACAGUUGCUGGAGUUCACUUACGUCUUUUUAUUCAAAAUCCAUCUUGGGUGCUUAGAAGACCAAAAGAAUUCCUCACAGAGUUGUUAGAUAGGUUAUAUGCAAUGAUGUCUAAAGAUAAUGUCAAUAAUGAAGUCCUUGAAACAUUAACACAAGCUCUUGUAAGCCUGCUGUCAGCUCAGCCAUCUCUUCUCGACCAAGUGCCUGCAUUGGGACACAUUCCUCGACUUUUACAAGUCAUGCCUAAACAACAUGAUGCUGUAUCAGGAUCUUGUCUUCAAAUCAUCAGACAAUUGUCCAAUUCUGAUAGCUGCGUAAAAUGCCUGUCCCAAAGCAACUUUAUCUGCCCCAUGAUGAUAGCUAUGAAAAGAAGGAAUGAUUUGGUGGGUAUUGCUUGUGAAGCUCUUAACAAUGCCUUCACACAUUGUACUGAAGAUCUUAUGCAACAGGCUUUGGAAGCUAAAUUAGUGCCAUAUUUACUUGGUCUUCUGGAGCGAAAACUUGAAGGAAAUACUGCAGCAGUUAAAGCCCAAAUAGUACAAGUUUUAAAGGCUAUGUGCUUGUCGUUACAGCAUGGUGGACAAAUUACUCAAGAAUUAGAAAAUUCUGAAAUAUGGGCUGAAUACAAAGAUCAAAAACAUGAUCUCUUUAUCAGUGAAACUCAAACCAGUGGCUAUCUCACAGGUGGAGCACCUAAUGUUGCUGGCUAUUUAACUCAAGGGGCCUUGAAAGUUAUGUGUAAUUCACCUCCUCCUCUAGAAGAUGGGUGAAACAAAUUAGGAAUUCAUUUACAAAUUAUUCCUGUAAUCAUACUUUUAUUUGAUUUUUAAGCCAGUGAAGAGAAAUGAGAUAUAAAGAUAUGUGUGUCUGUACAUGUGUGAUUCAACUGAACUUUUACAUUUUAAAUAUAUCAAAAUAGCAUUAAAAAGGCCACUUCUCUAAUUGUGUUGUUACAAGGCUUUAACGUUUAUAUUAUGUCAAAUUAUAAAAACUUGUAAGUAUAGUGUUAAUGUGAAUGUUAAAGAAAUAAUUUAAGCAUAUUUUAUUAUCAGAUUUUAUUAGAGAUUGUUUUCAUUAAAAAAUGUGUUGUUAAUUCUUGUUUUUUUAUUUAUUUACUUCAUAUAGUGUAGGUCAAAAAUCAUUCCUAAGUAAUUAUGCUGAGAAUCAAUAUCUUCUGUAUAAUUAUAUUCAUAACUGUAUUAUUGAAUCAUGUAAAAGUAAUUUUCUGAAUGGCUUUACAAAAGUAUGCUUUUUAUAGACCAUCAUAAAAGGGUGAUUGUCUUGGCAAUUAAAAAACAAGAAACAGUUUGUUCUGUUCUUAUCUUCUUGUGAAUAAUAUGUCAAUUCAUGUAUAUAAUGGAUAUGAAAGCAUAAUUUUUUUACUGCUGGAAAGUAUUUUUUAAUCUAGGAAAAAAUGCCUAUUUUUGUUACGGAAAGUGCUUUUGCUAGACUAUGUUUUGAUUCAUUAUCAAAAUAUCAGUUUUUCAUACAUAUGUAUCUCUCUAAUGGCUACAUAUAUUGUCAAUAUUUUAAUUAAUAUAAAAUCAAAUUAUCAUGUGAGAAAUGAUUUUUUGAUUUUAUGAUACAAUGUAUGAGAAAAAUAUUUUGAAAACAUUUAACCUGUUCUGUUCGUGUAUAUAAAAAUGGUAUUUGUAUUUUAUUAUAUACAAAUAUUUUUAUGUACAUGAAAGGAAAAGCAGUGCAUUCUUGUAACGAAAAAUUAAAUCCAUCCUAAAUUUGUGCAAACUUGGCAUAUUUUUGGUUUUUGUUGUAUAAAUGGAUCCCUCCAAUAAUUUCUUUUCAAUCUCUAAAAUUUAUUUUAUGUUAAAUCAUUAAAUUACUUGCAUAUAAACUGAAUCAAAUAACAGUUGUAAAUGCUUUGUUUUAUGUUUAAAAUCAGUGCUGUCAUGAGCAUAACUGUACAUCUGAUUUUGAAUUACAAGUUUUGAUUAUUAUUGCUUUGUUACUUAUUUCUUUCAGCUCAAGGUGAAGUAAACAGAUUGUUGUAACUAAUUAUAAAUUAUGUUUAAAUAAAAAUUAAGCAGAAUACUACUCUCUUGUAAUAUUUGCGCAGUAGUUUUUAUGUAUGCAUUAUUAUUUUCACUAAAAAUUUUAUUCAACAUCAGUACUGUGUUAUUUACCAUUCCUGAUGUCUUUUAAUUCCUAUACUGAUGAAAUUUUUAAAUUCUUCCCCCCCUUCUUUUUUUACCUUCACUUUGGGCAUUUUAAAUUUUCUUAACUUGUCAAAGUAAUUAAUUAUAUGUGCCAAUGUUAAUUUUAUUUGUUUGAAGUAUUUGUAGAUUUUCUUUCAAUUCCGAAGCCAAAUAAUUAUGUAUAUUUUCUAGCUAAUUAGUUUUUUCUAUAUAUGAUAUAACAUAUUUCUUGGUUCUUUCUUUAACUCCAUUGUCAAAUUCUAUUGAUUAUACACAUUUAGCUCUAAACGAAGUUUGUAUAAAGAAGUAAAUAAAAUAUUUUUGGUUUAAAAAA